CAAGACUGUAUAAAAGGCAACGGAGCUCCAAUCGAAAAUUAUAAGUUGCACGAAUUUACAACGUUCGAGAUGAAAUUUACAAUCUUAGAAUUUUUGGUGGCUUCGUUGUUCAUUCUCGCGGUCAAAGCCGAAGAAUUAGCAACGAAAGAAGUUGAACAAAAACCAGCGACGGAACAACAACCAAUGGCAGAACCACAAGCUAGCCUUGACUAUGGCAAAGAAGAAGAAGCUGAAGCUAAGAGAAGCAUGCUGUACUUGUUUCAACAAAUGAUAGAUGUUGGUGCCACUUCUUAUGAUGCAAGCCGAGAAUCCAAGGAUGUGUUUGCUCUUCGUGAUGAAGCCAUUAACGUUUUGGAUCAAUUCAUUAAAAACCCAAAUGAAGAACAAUUGGAAGCACAAAAACAUAAUCCAGCUCUGGUGGAUGCAGCAAAAUUGGCCUAUGACGAACUUAUGCUUGACAAAACAGCAUCAGCCGAUUCAAAAGCAUGAAGUCUUAAUUUUUUGGGAUUUUAUUAAAUGACGCAUUUAAAAAAAUACAAAUUCAAUGUGAAUUUAACUUUUUAAAAUAAAAAGAUCGAUUAAAUACUGAGAAUAGUAAAA